GCUCACAAUAUUUCGUUGCGACCGAGCUGAAACUGAAUCCAGAAUGCAGUUAACUUACUUGACCAUUCUGAGAGGUUCACGCAGCUCCAAGGACCCCACGGUGUUUCCCCUCGAUCCGAUCAUUGUUUCUAAAAUUUAAUGCUAGCUAGCUACUAGGCAUAGAUAUGAUUGAUUCAAGAUAAUAAGAUAAGCAGGAUCAAGAAUGAUCAGAUAAGGGCUGCCUGACUAAGAGAAUGGUAUCUUUUUCAGAAGAAGAAGAAGAUUACCUUCUUCUGAUGAGUCUGCUGCACAAUGAUGAGGACAACUCCACAGCUCUUACUUCUACUAUGAACAGUACUGCUAAUAGUACUAAUAGUACUACCAUGAGCUACCUGAGCGAUGGUCAAGAACGCGUGAUUGCCUUGCUGCCUCUGAUUCCCGCAAUGCUGAGUAUCUGUGGUUCUCUCACACUGAUUCGCCUACUGCACAAGGCACAUUACCAACGUCCGUACCGACGCAUUUUGCUGGGCAUGAGUUGCUACGAUAUUCUGAAUUCCAUUACCGUCUCGUUGCAAACCUUCUUGACGCCUCGCGAUACCAGUCGUCGUUUGUGGGCCGUUGGGAAUACUACCAGUUGCAAUGCCAUGGGAUUUCUGUUUCAAUUCAGUUAUCCCAGCUUCAUGUACUUUGGCGGUCUCUCGCUGUAUUACGUGCUGGUGGUCAAAUUUGGAGUCACCAAUGACACAUUUGCGCGACGCAUGGAACCCUUUCUGCAUGUCAUUACGCUGGCAUGGCCGACCAUUACGGCAUUUGUGGGAUUACACCACAAUUUGUAUGCCGAAGUUUCCAUUGGCGCGGGAUGUUGGAUUUCCGAACAAGCCAUUACCGAUAGUUGCAAUGCCGAGUGUAUCGAGUCAUGGACAUGGAUCUUGGGAGGUCUCCCCUUUAUGCUCGUGUUUGCCUUGGUACUACUCAACAAUGCACUCAUUUAUUGUCAUGUUCGCAACACCAUUUUUGCCGUCACUCGACCACGACAGCUGGAACCGGCUCAUGAUAGUACGACGACCGGCAGCAGCAGUUACAAUACUACGAAUAGUACCACGCUACAAUCACAACAAUCCCCACGACAAUCCCUUCGACAAAGACGACACUCUCAGUCGCUGACACCCGAAUCGCAAGAAGCCAAAGUCCGGGCUGUGGGAGUACAGGCGUUGCUUUACUGCGUCGUAUUCAUCAUGACAUACAGUUGGACCAUAAUCUUGCGAUUGGUAAGUAACGAUGGGGCGGGACCACCGCAAGAACCCACCGUGUUUCCCAUCAUGGUACUGCGGGCCAUUUUUCUACCGGCCAUGGGAUUGGGGACGGUCCUGGUAUAUGCCCGACCUCGGUACAUGCUACUCCGACGAGCGCAUCCCGCGAAAUCGCGUCGAAGGAUUCUCCAACAAGUACUGUGGUACGAAGACGACAACGAACAGGGGUCCACACGACGUGGUAUUAGAACCCACAACCACAACAAUUUACCCCAUUCGUCGUCCUCGGGAUCUUCGACCAUUGGGACCAAUCGCUUUUGGAUGUCAUCCUUGAGGAGUACUCGGUUGGGAAUGAGCACAAAGAGCUUUGUCAGCGGUCCAUCGCGAUCCACUUCGUUGGUCGUACGUGAGGAUGCCGAAGAAGAAAAAGAGGACAACAACAAUGAGAGUCACCAUGAUGUCAUGCCUCCUGCCGUAGUGCCCGACCUCUCGGUGGUGGACGAAAACGACGCCGAAUGCGCCCUCCAAUCCACGUCCUUUCACAAUAGUGCUACCACCCAUGUUUCCAAUAUCACCUGGAGUGCCCACAACCACCGACACGAGACUCGCGACGAUGAUCUUCCACCCAAGGAAGACGACGUGGAUCUCGGUAGCCAUUGUAGUAGCAGCGUGGCGUCCAUGGCACACGACAACGAUGAUGCUGCAGGAUCUUUACCUCUACUAGUAGGUACUGCCAAUGUGGUAGACCAGCAAGAUCCAAAUGGGCAGUGAGGGGAACGAUCCUCGAAGGGGAAUAGAAAGGAAGAGUUCGAAUGGGAAAGCUAGAUGGGGGUGUGGGAGAAUACGGAAACGCAUGAACUCCGAAACACAAUGGCAAAACCUGCCUGCAAAACUGGCAGCUAGCCAUUCGGCAGAGAAAGCCCACUUAUUAAUGGCGGGAAAUGACGGAGACACGGCAUUCGAGCGUUCGGGGGGCAGCGCAACUGCAACGAGUCGAGUUUUCCCUUGCGGUGGCAUGCAGCCACAGUUCGAUGAAGCGGCCGGCCAAUGAUAGAGAUGAUCAAUACUACAGUAUGUUGGGGAACAUCAGCAAGCAAUCAGCAGACUAACAGGCUAGUAGCUACCAUACCGUACCAGCUAGCUAGCAAGUAAGAAACUUGUAAACCCAUGCUGCCUACAGUACGGCACAGAACGUAUACACCAGUCGCCCGGCUACCAACAGCACACGGAAAGCUGCCCUUCUUGAUGUCGUCUGGGCUCAUGUUUCCCGCGUCCGCACCGGACGGAGUUGGUUGCAUUGCUGUAUAUAAUAUUUAUUUGCCCGCCUCCUUAUUAAUUAUUACUUACU